CCCUGGAGGAGCAAAAUCAUGUCUCCUGCCAUUGCACUGGCCUUCCUGCCCCUGGUGGUGACCCUGCUGGCCCGAUACCGCCACUACUUCCGGCUGCUGGUCCGGGCUGUGUUACUUCGGGGGAUUCGUGACUGUUUGACGGGACUACGGCCUGAGGAACGUGCCUUUAGCUAUGUGCUGACCAAUGCCCUGCCUGGAGACCCUGGCCACAUCCUUGCCACCUUUGACCACUGGAGCAGCCGCUGUGAAUACCUGGCCCACCUGGGUCCUCUAAAAGGUCAGAUCCUGACACGCCUAAUUACACAACAUGCCCCAGAGUUGGUGCUAGAGUUGGGCACCCGCUGUGGCUAUGCUACCCUGCUCAUUGCUCAGGCCCUACCUCCGGGCAGUCGGGUCCUCACUAUUGAGAUGGACCCUCGGACGGCAACCGUGGCAGAAAAAGUCAUCCGCCUGGCCGGCUUUGAUGAGUGCAAGGUGGAGCUGAUCGUGGGGCGCUCUGAAGAAGUGAUCCCCCACCUAAAGACCCAAUAUAGACUACAUGGAGCUGGACUAGUGCUCCUAGGACAUCGGCCUCGCUGCUACCUACGGGACCUGCAACUCUUGGAAGCCCAAGCUCUGCUGCCUAUUGGUGCCACUGUACUGGCAGAUCACGUGCUGUUCCCAGGGGCACCACGCUUCCUGCAGUACGCCAAGGCCUGUGGUCGCUACCGCUGUCGCCUCCACCACACCGGACUCCAAUACUUCCCUUCCAUCCGUGAUGGUUUGGCCCAGCUCACUUACUUGGGGCCAGGCUGA